CCGUAUUAUUUGUAAUUUUCCCAAAAUUAAAGCAGCCCAUCUUCGUCCGUUCCACCGCGAUGGACCUUCUAUGCAACGCUUACUCGAACGAUUCCGACGAAGACGAUGCACCCAAACCCCAAAUUCUCAUACAGCCUUCUCCGAAGCGACCCAAAAUCGAAAUCCCAAUUACCCAUUCCCAACACGAUCAUCCAUUGACCCGCCCGACCCGAUUUACGUACCCCCGAAUGGAUACUCAGAUUCCUGGUAGAUACAUUUCCAAGCGAGAACGAGCUCUCUUCGCCUCUCCUCCUGCGGCCCCUGGCCCGGACCCUGUUCCUGAUUCACCUGCUUUUGGGAGUAUUUUGGAUUCAAAUAUUCGGUAUGAUAUAUUGUCAUUGCUGAGAAAUAAGAGGAAGAGCAGCGGACAACAACGAGGCCAAAUGUCUCAAAGGGUGUCUAUUGCUCUACCUAGCCAUUCAAAAGCUGUCAGUGCUAUUCAUUGGUCACCAAAUCAUGCUCAUCUUCUUGCUUCUGCUGGGAUGGAUCAGUCAAUAUGCAUAUGGAGUCCGUGGAGAAGUGAUCAAAAGAUAGCAAGGAAGUUAUACCUUCACAACGCAGCUGUGAAAGAUGUGAAAUGGUCUCAGCAAGGACUCUCUGUUCUUUCUUGUGGAUUUGAUUGCUCAUCAAGGUUGGUUGAUGUAGAGAAGGGAGUGGAGAUUCAGGGUUUUAAGGAAGAUCAAAUGGUUGGAGUUGUCAAGUUCCACGAGGAAAAUUUUAAUGUCUUUCUUUCUGGAGGGUCACAAGGACGCAUCAGGUUGUGGGAUAUUAGAAAUGGGAAGGUGGUUCAUGAAUUUGCUCGAGGUUGUGAUCCUAUUCUUGAUGUUGAAUUCACUAGAAAUUGCAGGCAAAUCAUAUCUUCUAGUGACAUUUCAAGAAGCAGUGUUAGUGAAAAUUCCAUUAUAGUUUGGGAUGUUUCAAGACAAGUUCCUCUUUCUAAUCAGAUUUAUGUGGAAGCCUAUACCUGUCCCUGUGUGAGGUCCCACCCCUCUGAUUCAGUUUUUGUGGCCCAGUCAAACGGAAAUUACAUUGCACUAUUCUCUUUAAGACCCCCUUUCAAGCUAAACAAGUACAAGAGAUAUGAAAGCCAUGGGGUAUCAGGGUUUCCCAUCAAGUGCAAUUUCAGCUUGGAUGGAGAGAAUCUUAUCUCUGGCUCUUCAGAUGGUUCUAUAUACUUCUACAACUAUAGAUCAUCCGAGCUAGUAAGGAAGAUUAAAGCAUAUGAGCAGGCAUCAGUUGACAUUGCUGUUCAUCCCAUCUUGCCUAAUGUUAUUGCUUCUUGCAGUUGGAAUGGCGAGGUGUCAGUCUUCGAGUAAGACCAUUUAAACCCUUUUCAUUGCAAAGGCUGGCGGCGGCCAUCUUCUACAAACUAGUGGGUGGAAUUAUCAUUCAAAGAAGUUUCCAAGACUUUGUUGAGAAUAAUGUAGGAUAUUGAAGGAGAUAAGCGUGAUGCGACUCUUUCUGAAAUGUAGUAUUAAUAUACAUACAAUUACGUUUGGAUUUCAAAGUGAACUCAGCCAUAUUAUGAGUA